AUGAUUUCACUGCGGGAAGCCAUAGAGGACGUCAUCAACGAUGGAGGCCCGCCUUUGGCAGGUCGACAAGGGACCGGGCGAGCAGAAGUAGGAGCAAACAGGAAAUGGUUCUACUGUUCUGACUGUCGUGUGGGUGGACAUGGGCAGCGUUUCUGCAGAUACCUGCUGAAGAGACCAAACUGGCGAAUUUAUCCCAGUGAGAAGUGGUUCGAGGAUCGGAAUGGACAAGUCAGCCACUGCCCUUUGGGGAAGAAGGCCGUAGACUUCACUGACGAGACAUACUUCAGCAGAAUCGCCAUGCACAUCAAGGGCCGGAUUUGGUUGGAAGACAAGCGAAAGCUGUACGAGUUUGUUCCAGAUCUGAUGCCCUACACUUACGUCAUCCAGAACAGGGAAUGGGUCGGAGAAGUUCCGCCAACGCCUCCAGAGGAUGCGCCUCCUUGGCCAUGGUUCGUCAAGGAGACGGACAGAAACUGGGGAACUAGUGUCGUGUGCUGCGCAAGUCCAGAAGAGUGCUUGCAGAAAGCCAAAGAUGAUGCGACCUACGUUGUUCAGAAGCACAUUCCGGACCCAUUGUUGUACUACAACGGUGAGAAAUGUCACAUCAAGUUCUACAACCUGCUUAUUGGGCUGGACGAUGGGGUAACGUGGCGUCUCUACACAUACAAGGACGGGUAUCUGAGCAUUUCCCCGAAGCCCUGGUCUCCAACAGAUCUGUCAAAAGAGUGCCAAGUGACCAUCAUUCGAACCAAGCGCAUCAACGAUUGGCCGUACUGGGAAAGGGUGUAUCCGAAAUGCCAGGCUGGUGUGGCGACCGUGGUGAAGCGCGCUGCGGAGCAGGGUAAACUGGAAGGGCGAAACAAGAUCCAGUUUGAGAUCAUCAGUGCAGACUACAUCGUCACUGCCAACGAGGAUGUGUACUUGCUUGAGUUCAACACAGGACCUGUCCUGAAAGAUCCAGAAGACUCCCCAGAUGUGCACGAUGCCGGGAUGGUCGACGGUGCAUUACACAUCGUGGAACCGUGGCAGGGGGGAAGCCCGUGCCUGUGGGAUCUGGCCUUGGAGUGCAAGGGUAUUCCGCCCAAGCCGGAGGAGUUCUAUGCAGGAGAAACUUGA